CUGCCGUUGGCACAGUCAAACUUUCACGCUCGGCGAUACGCGAGCUUCGCGAGCGUGUUUGUGCCACGCACGCCAACGCUAUCGAUUUCAAGGUCCGCGCUUUCGAUACGCCGCGAUACCGUCCCGCGAGAAGCGCUCCUCCGCUGGCUGCGCGAUUCAAAAAUAAAUUGUCGAUAAAUAAAUGGAGAGGGCAGAAAUACCGGCAAAAAGUUGGCUCGACACACCAGGGGGAUAGGAUAUGUCGCAGUGGGAAUCGUGUCAGCGUAACUGAAUUUCUUCGCGAUUCGUGCUCGCGGUUGACACUUCAACCGAUAGCCCUUGUGUCCCGUCGACGAUUCAAUUAUUCGCAUUCGAUCGUUUCAAAUCGCUCGGAGAGAGAGAGAGAUUGUUCGUGUGUGGGUGCGGCGGUCGUUGAGUUACAAAUUUUGCGAGUUUAAAAAACGUUAAAGAAUAGGGGUGGAGAGAGAAUACAUUUACGAUACACGAUUACAGUCUCCCUGUUUGCAAAUUAGAUCGGCCAAGAUUGGCUGCACCUCAAGCUAUUCAAGAUAUAUUCAGUUUGAAACGAUUCAAAUAGUGCCUAGAGAUACCUGAAUCUGGAAAGUGAAUGAAAACACAUGUGGUAAUGAUACCGCAGGUGAUAAACGACGAAAAAUAAUAGCAAGGAUAUUUCCAGGAUCGCGCAUACGAGGCGUGCGUUAUUAGUGAAAGUCGUGUACGACGGUUUGAAGAUCAAGUCUCGCGUGAAAGGGGUAAAGAAGGUCAGACGAAAGGAUGGAUAAAGAGAUCCUCACCUGAUCGAAGAAAGGAAGAGAUAAUUGAGGGGAAAAUUGAGAGGGCGGUGACGUUCGAAUUUCACACACACACGACAUCGGUAAGAGAUCGGUUUAAAGAGCCGUAGCGUGUCGAGAGCCGCUCGUCAUCUUCCACAAUGCAAUACUUCUCCUCGAAUGUCGAGUCGUAAAAAGGAAACUCGAGUGCUCUCUUAGGCGACGUUGCUCGACUCGAGAGAAAGGAUCCGCGGAAAGAGAUAUACGCGAGAUCACACCCGAGCUCUCUUCCAGAUCUAUCGGGAGUAAAAAUAAGAUUCGCGAAGAACUUUUGGAUCGGAUACUUUUGUAAAAGCGCGACUUGUCGAAAUGCCAUAGCGGACAGGAAAAAGCUAUCGAUAAUAAAAGAUACUUUUAAUCGGCGAUUUUUGCUAUUUGAAAAUAUUUCAAGCGCGUCGUGAUUCAGCGAGGAUUCGGAAAGGGAAUAAAGAGAGAAACGAGGCAUUGAAUGUAAAACGUACACAUACAAAACCAAAACGUACAAUAAAAGAGUGCAUACAGAGUGCAGUGAAAAGCAUCUCUCACGCUGGAUACGCUUUUAUGUAUGUUUUUCCAGCUUUUAAGCCACAAUAGAAUCAAUCAUGAACGAAUUAAAUUUAUAUCUGUUCUUUCAAGCCGAUGAUAAACGUUAUACAUGUUGACGAAAUUUGUAGAAAACUCUUAGAUAAACAGAUUUAUAUAAUAACACUCCGUAUAUGUAUAUAAUAUAUAUUUAGUAUUAAAUAUUACAAUAUCCUUUUCCGCUAUGUGUUACGAUAAUUGUCAUCGCGAGAUAUCAAGGAGAUCAAAAAGGUGUAAGUAAGAAUUUAAUGAUAAACUUCGGGAAGUCAUCAGCCAUAUCAUCAGCCAUCUAAUAUCUUUCAGCAUCCGUAAAGAUACCGAAAAACAGGAAUUUAUGCAUCGAGGAAGAAAGCGAGAUUGAUCAAGAGGGCAACGAGAAAUAGCUUCUUACACAAUCGACCAACUCUAUUUCCUCUCAACUAGGAGGAGAGAGAGAGAGAGAUUAGAGAACAUUUUAUUUCCGGUCAAUCUUUUAUUCGAGAGAGUCAAAAGAAUUCAAUUCGUUUAAUGGAAUCUUAUAAAGAAGAUUUUCGCAAAAGAUCGCGGUAGUUGGAGGAGUAAACUUGACGCACAAAGCGAGAUUGCAUCUUUCAAACCGUUCACGCUUGCCAGAAGCGAAUGAGGAUUGAAAGAGACGAAGUCUCGAGUGGCUGCGAUUCACCAUAGACAUUCAAAUUUCAGGCCGGCUAUCUUCUUUUGGACGGUGCAUUAGAAUGACAAUGGGUUGUUUAGCUUGAUGAAACCACCUGUCUGCAACUCUUUUCGGACUAUUAUAUCGGUGUGUUUCGGGAGGGAGCGAUUGCCGAAACGCGCGAGCGAACACAAGGCGGAGGAUGCCCGCGGAAUCCGCAGUCAUAGAGACGACCGGUGAUCGGUUGAGACGCCUUCACGACGAAACGACCAUCACGGAACGAUCGCGAUUUAUCGAUUUGCCGCCAACUGGAGCGUAAGGAGACCCCUUCUCCCCCCUUUCUUCAUCUCGGUCAAGCAACAAGAAUACAGAUUUCUCGCUUCGUCGAUGCACAAAGGAGUUCGUGACGAAAGGGACGCGCGUUCGAGCGUAACGUGACUAUGUCCGCGGUGCAAGAUCGCGAGACGAUUGUCCCUCUUUGUUGAGAUAAGGUGGUAUAUCGUGACAUAUCCUCGCCGCGUGAUAAGAGCGAUCGAAGCGUCCAAUCGAUUUUCGCGAAGAUGACGCGCCAACUCGCCCUCCUCCUGGGCAUCAUCGUGUUAAUCGAGCCCCUGCUAGGAUACGACGUCCUCUUGGCCACCAUGGGUGGUACCAAAUCACACACGGUGCCCUUCGUCGCCCUUGGUAAGAGCCUGAGCUCGCGGGGCCACAACGUCACGCUGCUGAGCGCUUUCUCCGGUCCCGCAGCGAAUAAUGGGCUUCACGAGCUGGUGCCGUCGAUCCUCGAGGCUUACGUCGAGAACUUUACGUCCGAAUGGGAUCUGAUGGGCGCCAGAUUCCGGAACGAGCUGCCGAUCUCACCAUGGGACGCCAUGAGGUACGGCUGGGAGUCGUGCGAGGCAUUGUUGCGCGACGCGGCGUCGACGGCCGGUCUGAAAAAACCGCAUGGCAAUCCGCGCGCGCGAUGGGACGUCAUGGUGGUCGACGGCGCUUUUCCCGAGUGCCUGCUGGGGAUCCUCCACGGCGAGAAUGUACCGACGAUAAUGCUCAACACGGUGGCACUGUACAGAGGAUCCAUUAUGCUCCAAGGCAAUCCCUCACCGUGGUCGGUGACGCCAUAUUUCGGCAAAGCGAUUACUCAAGAUAUGAAUUUUUUCCAAAGAGUCUUAAAUGUGGCAUCCCUCUUCACUGUAAAAAUUAUGCAUUGGAUCACAAUUUCCGUUUACCUUCGGCCGAUACUUCAAAAAUAUCUCGGUGAUCAAAUACCUGACGAUCUGUACAGUUUAACGGCGGAGGUUCCUUUGACUUUGCAGAACAGUCAUUACACCGUGGCCGAUUCCGUGCCCUACUUGUCUAAUGUCGUGAACGUGGCUUGCCUUCAUUGUAGACCGGCAAUUCAAUUAAAUUCCGAUUUGGAAUCCUUUCUGCGACCUGGUUUCGUGUUCGUCUCGAUGGGGUCGUCGGUGCAGGCUUCCGGAAUGCCGGAGGCUCUACGGCAGAUCUUCGUCGCCGUCUUCUCCGCGCUACCGUACAACGUUAUUUGGAAGUGGGAGGGUGCCAAGAUCAAGGACCUACCUGCGAACGUGAGAACGGCUGCCUGGUGGCCGCAGCAGGAGCUACUCGGACACCCCAAACUCCGCGCCUUCGUUUCCCACGGCGGAUUAUUAUCCCUCCACGAAGCAGCUUAUCACGGCGCGCCGACCCUCGUCCUGCCGGUCUUUUGCGAUCACGAUGGAAACGCGGCGCAAGCCGAAAAACUGGGUUACGCGUUGAUAAUGGAUCUGGCCAGUAUAUCCAUUAGUGCGCUUCACGAAGGUAUACUUAAAGUUGCCGCACUUCACAAUAAUUCUUAUCGAGAGGCAGCUAAGAAGCGAAGCGCGUUGCUUCGCGACCUCCCGAUUGAUUCUAGAGAAUUGGCCACGUGGUGGGUAGAACACGUCGCCAAACAUGGAGGUGCCGAUCAUUUAAAGAGCUCGAUCAGAUACAUGAGCACGUUCCAUUAUUACAGUAUAGACGUCGCAAUAUUUUAUUUAUCGAGUUUAAUCUUGAUAAUUUACGGACUCAAGAAAUUGUGCUGGCGAGCGGUAAUUGGUCAGGAUGUUUUCAAGAAGAAAGUAGACUAAGAUAGAUAAUCUCGUGGAAAAUUUUUCGCCAAAAUUUUAUUUAUUAUAUCGCGCAUUAAAUACGUCUAAUUGGGACAAAAUGGGAAUUAUAGAAGAGAGACUGGUUUUUCGAUCUAAUUUCGCGCAGACUUUUUUUUUUUUAAAGAUCUCUAAUAUAUUUUUACGAAUAAGUUAUUUGUAGUUACUUGUACUAUAAUAAACUUGUUUAAUUUAGCACAAAUUAGCUAUUUAUCUAAAUAUUUAAGAAUUUAUAAUUUUAAGACUUUAUAUAGGUACAAAUAAUAAAAUACUUUUAUGUUUAUAUAUAUAUAUUUGUUCUCGUUAGGAAAUAUUUUGCUAAUAUAACAGGAUUUUACCGGAAGAUGUUAUAGCUGUGGCGAUUAAAUGACAGCUGCUAUAGCAGCAAUCGUGAUAUCGCUUUCUACAUUAUCUACAUUUUCUUUAUAAAUAACAAAUUAAAUUUUACACACAAGUUGUUUAUCAUUAUUUCACUUACAAAUUUAUAAAUUAUCAUAUUUUGGUAUUUAUGAUUUAUGUGUGUGUGUGUGUGUGUGUGUGUGUGUGUUGCGAGAAAAUUUAUAUUAAAAUUCUGUAUAUUGGAAAUAUAUUGUAAA